GGAAACACUUGAAAGGUGUACAGCUACCCACCAUAACCUGUGACAAGGUCGGUUUGUUACUUGGUGUCGACGUCCCAGAGGCCCACUGGGUCAUCGAUCAGCGUAUCGGGAAACCUAAACAACCCUACGCUACACUAACUAUGUUAGGAUGGGCUUUAUUUGGACCGACAGGUCAACUUGAUAAAACUUCAGCCUUCAUAAACUGUUUAGAAGCAAAAGGUUCCGUCGAGGAGGAUAUUCUCAAAUUAGUUGAACAUGAAUUUUCUGAAAAUAAGUACUCUGAUAAAGUUGCCAUGUCCCUAUGUGAUAAGACCAUUAUGGAAAUUACUGACAAACAAACAGUAUUGCUUGAUGGACAUUAUCAAGUGUCGAUGCCCUGGAAAGUGGAUUGGAACUCACUUCCAAGGAGUAGAUGUAGUUUCAUCAUAAACAAGUCUAGAAUAGCACCCCUGAAAUUUAUCAGUGUUUCUCGUCUUGAAUUACAAGUCUCAGUACUGGCAGUGAAGUUGAUGAGGCAAAUAGUAGAAGAAAUAAAGCUAAAGUACGUGACUGAAAUCUACUUCUGGACUGAUUUUGUAAUAGUAUUAAAUUGCAUACUUAAUACGGCGUCAUGUUUCAAGUAUGUAGCAUCAUCCAUCAAUCCUGCUGAUCUAGCUUCCAGAGGAAUGUGUAAGUAUGACCCUAACCCUGUUAAAGCUUGGCCUUCAGGUCCCGAGUUCCUAACGACUGAGAAAGAUAAGUGGCCUGAGUAUAGACGAGAAGAAAUAUUAAAACUCCCAGUUAAGCUAGAGUUAAAGAACGCCACAACCUUGGACACCAUGACUACAGUUUUUCCCCUUGAUAAAUUUAUAUCCCAUUUUUCGUCAUGGAUUAAACUCAAACAAGGUACAGCUUGGCUCAUCAGAUCCAAACGUUACCUCUACAAUAAAACGAUCGUAAGGGGACCCCUUACACUUAACGAAUUGGAUAAUGCCGAAGGAGACUUACUAAAAUACUUACAAGAGCAAGAGUUUGCGGAAAUUAGACAAUGGAUUAAACGACACGAGCAAUCUGAUAACAUUCCGUCCAAAAAUCAUGUCAUUAAUAAGCUACGUCCAAUCGUGAUUGACAACCUGAUUCGCGUAGGAGGACGUUUGAACCGUAGUGAUCUUCCGGUAGAGCAGAAACAUCCAAUUAUUCUACCCAGCAAACACCCUAUAACCGAGCUUAUCAUUCGUCACUACCAUCAAGCUGACGGACACAUGGGGGUGUACUACACACUAGCCGCCUUGCGCAAAAAGUUUUGGAUCUUAAAGGGCACUACUGCAAUCAAGAGGAUCAUACAUAAAUGUAUAGGCUGCCGCAUUAGAUCAGCCAGGCCGAUGUCACAACUGAUGGGAGACUUGCCACCUACGCGGAUAACACCCGACUUCCCGUUCGCAACGACAGGAGUAGAUUAUUUCGGCCCAAUCACGAUUAAGGAGGGACGCAAACCUCGAAAGUGUUACGGAUGCUUAUUUACGUGCUUCAACACCCGAGCAGUUCACAUAGAAGUUGCCUGCGCAUUAUCAAUCGAUUCUUUUCUAAUGGCGUUGUCUCGCUUCUCAAAUCGCAGGGGGGCGCCGAAGAAGAUAUAUAGUGAUAGAGGAACCACAUUCGCUGGAUUAGAGAAAGAAAUACAACUUCUAUUACCAGACUUUAAAGAUAAUAGAGUAGCUAAGGAAAUGAUUCGUCGAAAUAUCGAGUGGCACUACAACAUCCCUUACGCAAGUCAUCGUGGAGGUAUAUGGGAAAGAUUAAUAAGGAGCAUACGUAGAAUUUUGAGUGCUGUAUCUGGCGAGCAAACUAUGACCUACGAGACACUCACCACUUAUUUGACUGAAGUAGAAAGAAUACUUAACGAUAGACCUUUAGUUCCAGUUUACGACGACCCAGAACAACUUGAGACAUUGUCACCUAAUAAUCUACUUUUGUUAAGAAAACCUAGCCUUCAUCAGAUUGAAAUAAGCCUACGUGAGCGUUAUUCCCGACAAUGGCUACAAGCGCAGCUGUUGGCAACUACAUUUUGGCGUCGUUGGAUAAAGGAGUACUUACCACUUUUACAGACACGAGCAAAGUGGACACAAGGGAGACGAGAUCUACGAGUUGGUGAUCUAGUCUUGAUUAUUGGAGACACCUACACACGAAAUAACUGGCUUAAAGGUCUAGUGGUAAGUAUCAACCCAGGAGAAGAUGGGCUAGUGAGACAAGCGAAAAUCAGAACGUCGAGAGGCAUAAUUAUUAGAGAUAUACGUAAAAUUUGUUUAUUAGAAGGAGCGGAUAACUGAACAGUAGAGGAUAGAUAGACGCUUCAGAGUGACUGUGGCUAGAGUAAAUUGUACCAUUGUCACCUCUGAAUGAUGUUACGUUAGUUCCCAAUCAGCGAAAGUGAGGAAAGACAUGCUGUCUUUGGGGGGCAGUGUUAAGUUUGCCUUACAUUGUUCCUACUCUCUCUCCUUCCACUUCUUUGUUUAUUGUUUUAUACUACUUAUUUAUAUUCAGUAAGCAGUUGUAUCCUUAACAAUUUUCACAUUUACAUUGUAACGUAAAUUGUACUGUAACAUUCGGAAACGUUCCCAUAUAUUUAUAAUGUUUAUUGCACUUAUCAUUGUAUUUGUCAUUGUAAUCACGGUACUUUAAUUACUGUAACGGUUAUCCACAGUUGCGGAUUUGUUUAAACGCAACAGUUUCCAUAUUGUUUGCUCUUCGUUCGAGUUUCGAUUGUUCAUAAACUAUUGUCCAAUUUCGACACAGCCAUCGGCUGUCUUUGUACUGUCGAAGCCUUUACUAUUUCAUUCUUGAACGACGCGGUAAACGCAUAGACACCUCACAAGUUGAGGUUUGUAAUUAAAUUUUGUAUUUUAUAUAAUAAUAGAACCGCUUUUGUAGAC